AAAGGAUGGUACAAUUUAUCGGGCAAUCUGAAGUUCCCCUUGCUGAUUGCAGCAGACGCUUAGAAUAGCGGAGGGCGUUAAUGUUGGAUGCGGCGGAGCGGUGGGAGGAGGAAGCUGGAGCCAAUGAGCGGCUGGUGCUGGCAGCGCCGGAGUGCGAUCCCUUUAACAGCAGGAAGGAGCAGCCAGAGGAAGCGGCAGCAUGGAGGCUUUCUGCAGCAUAGGAGGCUCAGAUGCCUUCUGGGAUUUAAACAAAACGUGGUAUACAGACAAUCCAGAUUUUACACACUGCUUCCAGAUGACCAUCUUAGUCUGGAUCCCUUGCAUCUACAUCUGGAUUUGUUUUCCAUUCUACCUUCUGUUUCUUCGUUAUCAUGACCGAGGUUAUAUUAGAAUGUCACUUCUCAAUAAAAUUAAAACGGCUUUGGGAAUUGUACUGUGGAUAAUCUGCUGGACAAAUCUUUUCUAUGCUUUCUGGGAAAGAAGUCAAGGAUUUGGGCGAGCUCCUGUUUUCAUAGUGAGCCCUUCAAUACUUGGUGUUACAAUGUUGGUUGCAGUUUUCCUCAUCCAGUAUGAAAGACUGAAGGGUGUCCAAUCUUCUGCUAUUCUUUUGAUCUUUUGGCUGCUGGCGUUGUUAUGUGCCAUCCCACCAUUGAGAUCCAAAAUAAUGCAGUCAAUUGACCAGGAUCCGAAAAUUGAUGUUUUUCGGAAUACAACCUUUUACUUAUAUUUGAUUGGAGUGUUUAUAGAGUUUAUACUUUCCUGCUUGACCGAUCAUCCUCCCCUCUUUUCUGAACCUGACAAGGAUACUAAUCUGUGCCCUGAACUAAAUGCUUCAUUCCUGUCCAAGAUAACAUUCUGGUGGUUUACAAGGAUGAUCGUUUUGGGAUAUAAACGGCCAUUGGAACCAGAUGAUUUGUGGUCCUUAAAAAAGAAGGAUAAAUCUAAAAUUAUUGUGCCACGGUUAGUUGAAGAAUGGGAGAAGGAAUGUUUUAAGAAAACCAGUAGACAAAGUGAAAUGGUAUACUCUCCUCAGAAGAACAGAACCGAAAAGGAACCUGAGCGUUCAGAGGAACCUGGUGAAACGCAAGUUCUAAUUUUAAAGAAGAGAAAGAAUUUGCAGCCUUCACUGCUGAAAGCAUUAUGUAGAACCUUUGGCCCUUAUUUUAUGAUCAGCUUUUUGUAUAAGGUUAUUCAUGAUUUACUGAUGUUUGCCAGCCCUGAAAUUCUGAAGUUGCUUUUGCAGUUCAUCAAUAAUGAUAAGGCGCCAAGCUGGCAAGGCUACUUUUAUGUUGUGCUACUAUUUUUAUGUGCAUUUAUCCAGACUCUCUUUCUUCAUCAAUACUUCCAAAUUUGUUUUGUCACUGGAAUGAGACUAAAAACUGCUAUUAUCGGAGCUGUUUAUAGAAAGGCACUAGUAAUUUCCAAUGCAGCAAGGAAAACUUCCACAGUUGGGGAAAUUGUAAACUUGAUGUCUGUGGAUGCACAGAAGUUCAUGGAUUUGAUAACUUACUUAAACAUGAUCUGGUCUGCACCACUUCAGGUGAUCCUGGCUAUGUACUUUCUGUGGCAGGUAAUUAAUUUGGUGUUUCUUCUGUCCUCUGGACAGUUAUUUCUAUUUCGUCUUAUUAAAUGCAUAACUUUAUUGUUUUAAUACCAGGUCACGCAGAUGAAAGAGAAAGACAAUCGAAUCAAACUGAUGAAUGAGAUUCUAAAUGGAAUAAGAGUGUUAAAGCUAUAUGCUUGGGAGCUGGCAUUCAAGGAGAAGGUGCUGCAAAUUAGGGAGAAGGAGCUCAAAGUGCUCAAAAAUGCUGCUUAUCUCUCAGCAGUUUCAACUUUCACUUGGGUCUGUGCACCAUUUCUGGUUGCUUUGUCUACAUUUGCAGUGUACGUACUUAUAGAUGAGAAGAAUGUGUUGGAUGCCCAGAAAGCUUUUGUUUCAUUGGCACUUUUUAACAUUCUUAGAUUUCCACUCAACAUGCUCCCUAUGGUCAUUAGCAGUUUAGUUCAAGCCAAUGUUUCCUUGAAGCGCCUGGGAACAUUUCUGUCUCAUGAGGAACUGGAUUUAGACACAGUGGACAGACAUUCAGUCCAUACUUCAUGGAACAGUAUCAUUGUGCAUGAUGGAACCUUCAGGUGGUCCAAUGAAGAUCCCCCAUGCCUGAACAACAUUGAUAUUGAAAUUCCUGAAGGCUCUCUUGUGGCUAUUGUGGGACAUGUUGGAUGUGGAAAAUCUUCCCUUCUCUCUGCGUUGCUUGGGGAAAUGCAGAAAAAAGAAGGCUAUGUUGCUGUUAAGGGCUCAGUUGCAUAUGUCCCACAGCAAGCAUGGAUCCAAAAUGCAUCUUUAAGAGCGAAUAUUAUCUUUGGUCAGGAAUUAAUGGGAGAUUGGUACAGAAAAGUGGUUGAAGGCUGUGCACUUCUACCUGAUCUGGAGACCCUGCCUGCAGGAGAUGAGACAGAAAUAGGCGAGAAGGGGGUGAAUUUAUCAGGUGGGCAGAAGCAAAGGGUGAGUCUUGCUCGAGCAGUUUACAGCAAAAAUUCUGUUUAUUUCCUGGAUGACCCACUCUCUGCAGUUGAUGCACAUGUUGGUCGACAUAUUUUUGAUAAAGUCAUUGGACCCAAAGGUUUACUCCAUGGCAAGACCCGUGUUUUGGUGACACAUGGUGUUAGAUUCCUGCCUCGAGUGGAUAGGAUUCUUGUGAUGGUUGAUGGGAAAAUUUCAGAGUCAGGAACAUACAAGGAGCUCUUAAUGCAAAAUGGAGCAUUUGCAGAGUUUCUACGUACUUAUGCUCCUACAGAAAAUGAAGUUACUGACAAAAGUGUGGAAGAGGAGGAAGAAAUGGGACAAAGUCUCAACCCUGUUAGUCCCCACAAGUCACCACAAAAUUUCCUCCGAAGUUUUAUCAAAAUAAACUCAGUUACUCAUGAUGAGGAAGCCACACCUUCCCAGCAGAAAAACACUCCAAAUCUGCUAGGAGCCAGAGAAGCAGCAAAGCAAGCAGCUGGUGUGAAACUGACAGAAGCUGAUAAAGCUCUGACUGGUAGGGUAAAACUCUCUGUUUUCUGGGCAUACAUGAAGGCGAUUGGGAUCUGCAUUUCUUUCUGCAUUGUCCUUUUCUACUUAUGCCAACAUAUAGCCUCCUUGUCCUCUAAUUACUGGUUGAGUUUAUGGACAGAUGAUCCAGUUAUUAAUGGGACCCAGGAGCAUACUUCACUCAGACUGGGAGUGUACGGUGCACUCGGAGUUACUCAAGGUCUUUUUGUGCUCUUUUCUUCAUUGAUGAUGAGUGUUGGAGGAAUAUCAGCUUCACGUUGGCUCCAUGUCCAUCUGCUGUAUGAUAUUCUGAUGUCGCCAAUGAGCUUUUUUGAGCGUACCCCUAGCGGUAACUUAGUGAACCGCUUCUCCAAAGAUAUUGAUACAAUAGACUCGGUGAUUCCAAUGGUGAUUAAAAUGUUCUUGGGAUCACUAUUAAAUGUUCUUGUUUCUUGCACGGUGAUUCUGAUAGCUACUCCAAUAGCUACAGUAAUCAUUCCUCCGUUGGGACUUCUCUACGUAUUUAUCCAGAGAUAUUAUGUGGCUACCUCACGUCAGUUGAAAAGAUUGGAAUCAGCGAGCCGAUCCCCCAUCUUUACAAACUUCAGUGAAACACUGCUUGGUGUCAGUGUUAUCCGAGCUUUUGGAGAGCAAGAACGCUUUAUACAUCAAAAUGAUGCCAGGGUCGAUGAAAACCAAAAGGCUUAUUACCCCAGUAUUGUUGCCAACAGGUGGCUGGCUGUAAGACUGGAGUUUGUUGGCAAUUGCAUUGUACUUUUUGCUGCCCUGUUUGCUGUGGUUUACAGAGAUGCAGUCAGUCCGGGAAUUGUUGGGUUGUCUGUAUCAUAUGCCUUACAGAUAACAUCAACGUUAAACUGGAUGGUACGCAUGACCUCUGAAGUAGAAACAAACAUUGUUGCAGUGGAAAGAGUGCAAGAGUACAGUCAUACUCCCAAAGAGGCACGUUGGAUUAACAGAAAUAAUCGACCACCUCAAACAUGGCCUUUGGAAGGCAAGAUAGAAUUUGUAAACUAUGGUUUACGAUAUAGAGAAGAUCUUGACUUGGCACUGAAAGACAUUACUGUAUCCAUAAAUGGAGGGGAAAAGGUUGGAAUAGUUGGAAGAACAGGAGCUGGUAAAUCUUCGUUUGCACUUGGUCUGUUUCGUAUAAUUGAACCCGCUGAAGGACAAAUCCGUAUUGAUGGAAUUGACAUUGCAAACAUAGGCCUUCACGAUCUCAGGUUUCAGAUUACUAUCAUACCUCAGGACCCAGUCUUGUUCGCUGGCUCACUUCGAAUGAAUUUGGAUCCCUUUGACCAGUACUCUGAUGCAGAUUUAUGGACAGCUUUGGAACUGGCUCACCUAAAAACCUUUGUGUCUGGCCUUCCUGAUGCACUGAGUCACGAAUGUUCUGAAGGAGGAGAGAAUCUCAGUGUUGGACAGCGACAGCUGCUUUGUUUAGCACGAGCACUCCUUCGGAAAUCAAAAAUAUUAGUUCUUGAUGAAGCUACAGCGGCUGUGGAUCUAGAAACGGAUGAACUCAUCCAGUCAACAAUAAGAAACCAGUUUGCUGACUGCACAGUGCUCACAAUAGCCCAUCGUCUUAAAACCAUUAUGGAUUACACACGGAUUAUGGUUCUAGACAAAGGCCGGAUUGUGGAGUUUGACACUGUAUCUGACCUUCUCCACAGAAAGGGAACCUUCUACAAAAUGGCAAAGGAUUCUGGACUUUUGUAAUUGGAAUUAUAUUUUCAGGGUUGUUUCAAGUUGGAGUUGUUACACACGUUACAUCAAAACGAACUUUGAAUGUAAAAUCCUUUAAGUUGGCAAUUGGCACCUGUUUAUAAAAUUUUGUAUAAAACAAAAUAUUUUCAUAUACCUCUGCUUUUUAAAGAUUUGAUUUUUUUUCUUUUCAGGUGAUAAUUUUUUGCUUAUUUAAAUAUUUAUAGUACCUAUAAAUAUGAAGAUCAAAAUAAUAGGUGCAAAGCAUCAAAAUAUUGAAGUUGUAGUGCAUUAUGGUACUGCAUUUAUUUUUGACAAUUGUUAUUUCACAAAUUAUAAAUCAUGAAUAAUUAAUAAAAUUGUAGGUGCCUGAAUUUGAA